UAAUCUGCAAGCAUUUCCUAUUAAUUUUUUCUUGCGAAUUUGCAACAUUUUGGUGAAAGAAAAUAACUUUAAAGGGUAUACUUGAAAACAUUGAAGUUGACAAAUAUGGAAGGUGAAAACAGUACAGAGAAUGCUUCUAACAACUCAGCUGGUGGAAGUAAUGGACAGGCUGGCAAUACUAGUGGUGGAACCAAUACUCAAUCUACUUCAGUUCUGGCAUUUAUGAUGGAGAACAAGGUGGCAGCUGGGUUAUGGUUAACAAGAAUUAUUACUGUUAUAUUUACUAUAUUAUUUAUUCUACCAUUCCUCGGGGGUGAUCCCUAUAGCUUUUAUCAGAGAGCCCUGAUAAGUUGUGCUGCCACCAGUGCAUUAAGAUUACAUCAGAGAAUCCCCAACUUUCAGCUGAGUCGACAGUUUAUCAGUAUGUUAUUUCUGGAAGAUAGUUGUCAUUAUCUGAUGUUUUCUAUUCUGUUUAUCAACAUGUACCCUAUUACCAUGGCUUUAAUACCAUGUUUCCUGUUUGCUUUACUUCAUGCUUGUACCUAUACCAAAUCUGUAUUAAAUGUAAUGGGACCUAAUUCCAUGAUGUUUUUAAGAAAUAUGAUCACCAAGUUAGAAUUACAACAGACUAAUAUUUUACGCUUUAUAGCUUGUAAUGAAAUCUUCUUAAUGCCAGCUAUUAUAAUGUUUACAUUCACAGGAAAAGCCAGUAUUUUUAUGCCGUUUGUUUACUACAGAUUUUUAUCUUUAAGAUAUUCUUCACGUCGAAAUCCAUACUGCAGGACUUUAUUUUCAGAAUUAAGAAUGACAGUAGAAUAUUUAUGUAACAAACCUCAAUGUCCCCAGUUUAUUCGUAAUUUAUUAUUUCAAGGUAUCUCCAUUGUAUCAAGACUAGCACCUGCUCCAGCUACCGCUCAAUAGAUCAAAUUUGGAUCUUCAUUUCCCUGAGGCAUAUUUCACACAGUCUAAUUAAAAUUACAUGUAGACCAAACUUUCGUUCUUUUAUUUUUGAUAUAGCCACUUCAGUUAGGGACAAAUUUCUGUGAUGUUCUACGCUGUAAUUUUGUGAUAGAGUGAAGAAAUUAGAUUGGUUCAAGCAAAGGUCAAAAGGUUAUUGGACGAAUGUUCAAGAGACCUGUCACUAAAGUGACUUUAUUAAAAAUAAAAGCUAAUAAAAAACAAAAAGGAAAGUUUGAUCUAAUUUAAAUAAGACUGAAUUCAAGAGAUUUGGUUAAGAUAAAUUUCAAGUACCACGCAAUGCAAUAAUAAAUGGUCUGUUGUCAGAAAGUCUGUAAGUUAUGGAACUUAAAAUAUGACUCUGAUUGGUUAGAAAUACAAAUAUUUAAUAUCAACCAAUCAAUUCUGUUGUCUGAAAAUUAUGAUGUCCUUGUAUCUUGCUGAUUGGUUAAUAUUUCAAUUACAGAGAAUUCAACCAAUCAAGCUUAUUACUACUGUAUUUGUUAGAAUCUAAGUUUCUGAUU